CCAUACCGCUGCUUGCAACGUCGCCUUCCUACGAUGUUCUACGAAAUUCAUUGGUGGUACCAUUAGGAGCUCUACAAGCACCUUUGUUUUACGAAAAAAUGCUUCCGCCACUUCAUUUGGCUCGCUUUGGAUUUCUAACAGCGAGAGAACUACUGCGCUCUCUUGUCGGUGAAGGGGCAAGUGUGGGCAGGAGAGGCUCAAACACGCCAUGGUGGUCAGAGCCUGCCAGUUCCUUCUUCAAGAAGAAGUCGUACUGUUUUGUAAAACAGUACAAGGACUACAGCAUGUUAGAGAUGAACCCGUUCGAGUCUGUGAACGAAAAUCUCUUGGAUAAUGCGGCCCUUCAAGUAGCGCAUAAGGUGUACUGGAAAACAGUGAUGUCCAAGGCGCCUCCUUUACAGCCCUUAUCUCUAAUUGAAUGGAAACAAGGAGAAUACGCGUUGCCGUCGGGAAAACUCUUUUUCUACGCUUACGCAUCCAACAUGUGUGGCCGUCUUAGCUCCCGGGCGGACUACGAUUUGCGGAUGCGAGGACCCUUUGCGCCGAUAGAAAUGAGGGUGAACGUUCCCUUGAUGAACAUGAGAGCUUUUACGGACGCCUUCGAAUGCGAGCGCGACGCCAGGAUGAAUCCCGAUAGGAAGUGUAUCAUCUUAUAAGGCGCAAUAAAAUAUAUGUAUAUU